GAAGUCUGAACAAGAUCCACGGACGGAGAGAUCCGCUGCUGACUGUAUGCUCAAUAUGUACCAGGGGCAUUUACAGGGGAAAGACUCUAGGGCUGCAGAUAAGACUGUUGCCAUGGUCCUGAAGGAGAUACCCAGUAAGGCGUCAUCAGAAGGGAAGCCCCUCCUCACAGUGACUACCAAGCUGGUGAGUGAGCAACAAGAGAGUAGACCCCUCCUUAGCCCCUCCAUCGACGAUUUCCUCUGCGAGACAAAGUGUGAUGGGCUCUCUCGCCCAGUGACUUCCAACACAGCUGUUCUGUCCUCAACAUUGGACCUGCUGGAUCUCAGUGAACCUGGUGACAAGAAGACCAGCAAGGACAGGAAGAGUCCACUGUCGUCGCGUGGCAACAGCCUGAAGAACAACGCUCACAGAAAGAAGACAGAUGAGACAGAGCUGAUCCAGGUGGAGGUUGAACAGACUGGACCAAGCAUGAGAACCCCAGAGAGAGCGUCCAUAGACUCAGUAACCAUUGGUUCACCAUUGGACAAAUGGGAAGAGCUGAACCCAAACCCAGAGAGGAAUGGCAACAGGAAAUGGAAGUUAGAGAGACGACGCUCUUCAAAAAAUUCAUCCAAUGAAUUUCUAUGGUCGAUUGACUGUAAAACCCAAUUAGAGCCAUCAAAUAAGAACUCCCAGGAAGGAAAUACCAAAGUGGAGCCAGAGUCUGCCCUCUUAUCUCAGCUCAACAGGCAGUAUAUUAGUGGAAGACAUGCUCACCUAAGUAAGGAGCAGCGGUGGGGUAGCGCCCUCCUGUCCAGACAUCAGUCCCUGGAGGAGGAGUUUGAGAGAGCCAAGGCUGCUGUUGAGUCGGACACAGAGUUCUGGGAUAAGAUGCAGGCAGAGUGGGAAGAGCUUGCUCGGCGAAACUGGCUGACUGAAAACGAGCAGGCGCAGAUUCCCUCAAGUGUGUCUCCACAUGAGAAGGGUUACUACUUCCACACAGAUAAUCCAUAUAAGGACUUGCCUAAUGCAUUUGAAGAGGGACUAAAGAAGUCCCGAGAAGGAGACUUGCCAAAUGCAGUGCUUAUGCUGGAAGCAGCUGUCCUGCAGGACCCUCAUGAUUCAGAGGCUUGGCAAGUGUUAGGGACCACCCAGGCUGAAAAUGAAAAUGAACAGGCUGCCAUUGUCUCCCUUCAGCGGUGUUUGGAGCUCCACCCAAACAACCUCCCAGCCCUCAUGGCCCUGGCAGUGAGCCUGACCAACACCGGUAUGCGCAACGAUGCCUGUGAGGCCCUUCUCCGCUGGCUGCGGCACAAUCCAAAGUACAAACACCUGCUGAAGGGGAAGACGCACCUGAUGGGAUCCCCAAACUCUCAACGUAGGAUGUCGCAUGUUCUCAGCUUGGGGAGACAUGAAAGCUCCCUGCAACCCGAGGUCAAGGAGCUCUUUCUGGAAGCAGUUCAGCACAACUCUGACAGCAUCGACCCGGAUUUACAGACUGGCCUUGGGGUGCUCUACAACCUCAGUGGAGAGUUCAACAAAGCUGUGGAGGCCUUUAAUACAGCGCUAUCAGUGCGGCCUGAGGACUACUUGUUGUGGAAUCGGCUUGGGGCCACGCUUGCAAACGGGGACCGGAGUGAGGAGGCCGUGGAGGCAUACACACGAGCCCUGGAGCUGCAGCCUGGCUUCAUCAGGUCCCGCUACAACCUGGGAAUCAGCUGUAUUAACCUGGGGGCCCACAGAGAGGCGGCCAGUAACUUCCUGACUGCCUUAAGCCUUCAGAGGAAAAGCCGGAGUCGCCAGCAGAACCACCAGGUGAUGUCUGGAAACAUCUGGGCUGCUCUGAGGAUAUCUUUAUCCAUGAUGGACCAGCCUGAACUCUUCCAGGCUGCAAAUAUUGGUGACCUGGAUCUUCUCAUGAAAGCCUUCAACCUUGACAUUUGAGCAGUGGGAGGUAGCUGCAUCUCCCAGUCCUCACUUACUUCUUGAUUUCAGCCAAAGCCCAAAGUGCACACAUCAGAAUGGAUCCAAUCUGAUGUAAAGAGACAAAGUGUGGUUUUUAUGCAUGUCAAAAUUAACUACAGACGUCAGAUGACAAACUUGCUAUAUUUUUGGCCCAAGUACCUUGGAGCAGUCCUGAGGACAGGUUCUUCCAAGUGCUUGAAGUGACUGCUUUGUGAUGGAUUUGCACUGCAAUUUGUGAUUUCCCUGAAGAGCACAAGGACGGGCAAAGAUUGUACGAGCAAUGCCUUAGAGAACACAUCAAUUAAAAACUGACUCAUCCAGUGGAACAGAGCUAAGCCAGCGAGACAUGCCGACAGACAGUUCCCACAGAGUCUCACAGAGGAACCCUCACAUGCUGCUUUGCAGAGAAAAGAAGAGGUCUCGAGGAAAAAAAAAGGUUUCAUUAUCCAAUUACUUUCAAAGACUCGAGCCUGUCUCACCCUCCUAAAGGAUGGAUUUAGUGAGCGAGUGAUAAAGACUGCACCGUAUGACCUGGAACUCCUGAUUGGGUUCCUGGCUUGUUUUCAUCCUCUUUUCAAUGGAGAAUAAUAAUACUGCAUGAAUAAGCAUUUUCAUAGAUGGAUCCUUGUUAAAAAAAUAACAUACUUUAAGAAGUUUUCCCUUUGCACUUCAGACAAACAGAUAACUUCCUCAACCCGGGUGGAAUGUGCAAGCCAGGUUGUAAAGCCUUACUCUAAUGCAUGCGAACAACAAUAUUUAUUUAUGCUAUUUUUAUGGCAACACAAAAACACUAAGCCAUGUUCAGACUGGUUUUGAUUUCUUUAAAUAACUGCCAUCUUCUGAACUUGAAAGCUGUCUGAGCCAUUUAUCUUUAUUUUGUUGUGUUUAUUUAUUUUUGUUUAUUUAUUUAUUUGUUUGGCUCCUGGCUUUUGUUUGUUCCCUUUAUGCUUACUGAGAGGAGAAAUACUCAACAAUUCUGGGCAACACUGAUCCUUCAAACCUUCAUUAGUGUGGAAACUUUCAAAUUUCUCUCUAAUGGGAGAAAGUUUUAACAGGUUUAAAAAUGUUUGUCCUCUUGGGAUGGCUUUAGAAGCUCUCAUAUCGUUCUCCCAUUUUCCUAACUGUAUUCAUUUCAAUACAGCUUAAUAGCAUUACAGGUAAAAGAAAAAAGUGUUGCUGCAAGCCAAGACUUUAAAGAGUUUGGGAUAUUUCCUAAUGUAGUCAUUUUUAUCUUUGCUGUGCCUCCACAAGCAGGGAAGCUCACACUUUUAAUUAAAUCAGUUUGCCUCAGCCAUCAUGCACAAUUUAAAUAUUUAUGUAGGCUUGAGCAGGAAGCUGCACAUUUUUCAAAUGUUUGUGCUUUAGCAUCCAUAAACUUUACUUAAUGAUAGGAGAAAAUAUCCCCACAUGUAAGGAGCCAGUUAUCUCAGAUAAUACAUCUGGAACACCUCAGAAGCAAAGGCUUUGAAAAGCAUGCUUAGGCAAACAGUCCCUCCUGUGUCACUAGUUUGAAAGACCCUCCAUGCAGUGAACAGCAGCAAAGUAAAUGAUAGAGAAUCUGUUGUACUGCUUAGCUCAGCACCUUACUGUAAUGUAUGUGUCCACAGUCUGUAGAGAAGUGAGUUUCUAUAUUCAGAUCCUAUGCAAGAGGUCAUGUUUUAUGUUGCCAUUCUGAGUUUGUCUUUGUCUGCCUCAGUGGACAAAAGAAGAGGUGAUUCAGUACUUUAAGAGAAUGCUAUCAGGGGAGACCAGAGACUGGUUCAAGAGCCAUUCAUUUCCUCAGCUGUAGCGCUUUGAUGUCAUGGUCUGAAACAGAAACACACAAAUACACAGAAACAGCAUCCCUCUAAACUGUAGCCUUCAUGUUUUAGAACAUCAUUGUGGAAUAAUACGUCUUUGACCUCAGUUGCUCCACAAAUUCAUGCCCAUACAUCAAACUGUGCCAUCAGAUACAGUACAUGUUUUAUUUCACCUUUCUGCUACAUUUGUUCUCCCAGAGACUCACCUUUAAUGCACUCUGUGGAGAAAACUCUCCUUUCCAGUUGUACAUGCCACUAACAAUUUGAAUGCUCAUAUGGCUUCACAAAGCAAAGGCAAUGAGGUCAAAGUAGAUCAUAUAUUCACUGUCAAGGCAACUUUAUUAUGGUUAUGAUAACAAAAAUGCAAUGCAGUCUUGUGUAUUCUCAUUGCAACCAAUGUAUUCAUCUUUGCUCUCCUCACUAACAAGGACCACAACAUCAACAGGAUGUUCUUUGAAAACUAUUAAUAAUGUCGGAAUUAUUAAACUGAUUCAGUAGAUGUUUACCGUCUUUCUAAGCUCAGUUUUGGGAGGCUUAGGGAAUUUGCGGCCACAGCAAACCCUCUUAGGGCCCCACAGAUAGGAAGAAGGAAAGAAACUGAACGGUGGGUGGGAAUGAAAGAAGAGCAGGAGGUUAGUCUGGCUUUAUGGAAAUGCAGGAAAGCAUGGUUGAGUUGUGGUCCUGCUCUUGAUACUUUCCAUUCUCAUUGAAUAUUUAAAUAAUAAUUUGGACUCCAAAUAAGUCAUUCUCAGCCAUGCAAGCUGCACAGCUUAAUUGAUAGAAAAGUUGGUCUGUUAGUUACCACUCAAGACUGAAAUAUUUCAGAAUAUUGAUUUAUUUACUGAUAUGAAAUUCAGUACAAACAUGCAUCUCUCCCAAUCAUGAAUCCUUCUGACUUUAUUGGUUCUCUGACUUGAGCUUUAGCUCCACUGUAAAAUUAGAUCAUAAAUGUUUGUCACAGGAAUGGUCUUUUUAAAUAGCUUUAAAAGUUUUAAAAGGGUUGCACUGACAUAUUGUUCAGUGAUUGAAAAUUUGAAUGUAUUGAAGUUUGAUAUCAUCACAAGGUCCACAUUUAAAAUUCCAGUUAUUGUUUUACAACUAAAAACGUACAAAUUUAAAGAUUCUCACGUUGGAUUUAUUAUUCAUAUCCCUACCUUAAAUUAUUGCUGUGUCUGAUAUCAAUAUAACUUCAUAUUUAAAGAGUAUCCCACAAUGCAUCACUAACAUAAUUAUUUACCAUAUUGUGAUGAAUGAAAGAACAGCAAUAAUGUAAUAGGGUGGUGGAGGGUAGAGUGGAAGCUAGCAUGGUGACAAUUAUAAUUCUAUGGGGUUUUCCAUUGGUGUUUGGACUAUUAGUGAAAAUUAGCUCUGUGGCAAAAAGUGAAGAUACUAGCACUUUUUGUUCAUUAAGGUACAAAUGAACACUUCUUUCAUCAUUUUUGUAGUGUAAACGGAAGCAGUGAAAGUAAAAAAGCUUAUGCUACACUAUAAUGAACCCAUGGUCGACUGGUGUCAGCGUCACCACCACUAAACUUCCAACCUUGUUUUAUUCUCUUACCUUUCCUAUAGAGGACUUUUCUAAGAGUGAUCAACAAAUUGCAAGCUUUAAGUCGGAGUAAUUUUAGCGCCCCAGCUGAAAGGUGGACUAUGAGUUGAGUGUCUCUGACAAAUUCUGUACACCUAGGUAGCCACUUGUUAGCAUUAUUCAAGAUACUGUAUAGUUUAUUACAGUGGCUCUACCAGCUACCAUAGUCGUUGAGACGACAAUAUCAGGUGUAAAAAGAUGCUAACACAUUUCCAGGUUUUUGGAGUCCACCUACAACAAGUAGCCCAUCUGACAGUGUUUAUAAGGGUGAUCAGUGAGCUCUCUCUCCAGUUCUCUCUAAUAAAGCAGGAAUGAGUGAUUAAUGUGAGACACAGCCUGAGUCUGGACUUUAUACCUGCCAACCAUUGGCAUGCUAGCAUUGUCAGUGAGCCCCACUGAGCAGGCUUGCAGCAUAACAGAGCAGCUAGCACAGUUUUUAUGUUUUUUGCAUCUAUGUUACGGCUUCAUAGCUUAACUUCUUCAGUAGAGUGUUUUGUUUUUCCCUGUCACCAGCAUCCACCAUAGUCACUCCUGGUGUCUGCAAAUGCUGCUGGCUGAAGGCUCACUGAGGAUAAUGCAGAACACGUAUUCAUAUCCAUUUGUAUACAGAACAGAUUCUAACCAGACCCAAAACCUACAUCCACUUUUCUUUCUGUAAACCAUCCCUCCACCUGUUUGUUGUCAUUCCAUGAAAGAUUAAUAAGUUACCUGGAGGUUACUCCUCAGGCCAGUAUCCCUCCAUUUAAAACAUAAAUACGAUUUCCUCUCAGUUGUCUUUUGAGUCAACCUUUAUCUUUACAAACUAAAACAUGAUGUCUGUUAAAUUGUGAUUUCCAAAUCAACUCUAGUUUUCUUAUGAGGUUGUAAGCCUUUGCUUUUUUGCAUUUGUAGUUGUGUUUAAAAAAGAAAAACUUAUUUUUUUAAAGAGAUCUUAAAUUGCUGGCUAAUGAUCUAAACUUCUACAGUGCACAUCAUACUGCAGUGCACUGAGAUAGGAUGCCUGGUGACCGUUUUCUUUUUGUAGAAACUUCCUACUUUUGGACCUUCUCAGGUGAACUGACCUAGCUUAACGCAUGCUUCAAAAAGAUAAAACAGAUAAAGGCUGAUCGCAUGCUAGAUGCUUUACAUUUAUUUUUUGAAUGCUUUUUCAUUUGUAUGCAUGAAAUACAUGGAAGUGCUUUCUUUCUCUCCCACUAUCAGAGACAUGAAAUAUAUCAUGAAGUUUCCUUGCAAUAUUUCUACGAUGCACUUUUAAAACUCUGUAACCUUGACAAAAGUGAUGUAUAUAUUCAGUAUCUAAUCUACACACAAGGCUUUUUCUUGCAUAGAGCUAGUGAGCGUGCAAGGCUUGAGCUGAGAAAUACUGGCACAUUGCUACAACUGGUUAUAGUUAUAUUAUGUAGAAAUUUUGUAAUUAUGACUUCUGAAAAUGAUAAAUGUACAGAUGACACUUUAGAGAACCCCAGCCCAUAAAGAUACAGUACCCAUGCUUUUUAGUGUUGAGCUAGACAGAAUGUCUAUAAACUGUUAUAAACACAUUCAUAAAGACGCUGUUAUCCUUUAGCAGUUAUUUUAUUCCAUAUUUCUCCUUUUUUUACCGUGCUAAAACUUAAUUAAUCCUCUUUAUGUGAGCAGAAGCAGACAUUAUCUUUUCAAAAUUAUGACAGGGAGAAAAGAAAAAAUCAGAUAAAUUAAUACCUGUAUUGUUUGACCAGGCAGCAGCCUUCAAAAAAUGAGGACGAUGCAGAAGUGCAAAAAGCUGCAGUUCCUCAAGUGUCCACUUGAGGCUGGCUCCAAAAGGAAGUCCCAUUUAGAUCCAGCAGACAUUAACAUAUUAACAGCCUGGUUCAAAGGACAAAGUAAAUGUCUACUACACCCAUUGGUAAACACUAUAAAGGGGUGAUUUUGUAAAUGUAAUUCACCUGCUUUGAUUACGUUAUGAUGGCACUUAAUCUAAAUGGCAGGUGUGUGGGUUUUGGUGGUUUUCCAGGAGUCGUAAGGCUCAGCUGUAAAAGACCAACUUUAAAGAAUAACUAAAACCUCAGACCACUUUUUUCAGAUGAAAACCUUAGUGUAUGGGGGUUUAGUCGUAUUAUUGGUUGGUUAAGGUCCAAAUCUUGACACAAAGUAUUUAAACUCUUCAUUUAGAGUUAAAAAUGGGCAUAGCCACUGCCCUCCACAGGUUGAAACAGUCUACUGCAACAGUUUUUCUUUCUGCUGGCUUACCUGGUGCCAAGUGACAGAUGUGGUGCUAUUUGUGGUCACAACAGAACCCAACAGUAACCACCCACUUUAUCUCUAGCUUCACUUGUAGCAGCCCACAGCUGAAAUUUACAUCUUAACCAAUCAUAGGUGUGGCCGUGCCACUCUAAGAUUGUGGUUAAUGUGGUGCUUUUGCCAGAGUUUAUAAAUAAUCAGUGUCUUUAAAAAGUCAGUUAUAAACCUGCUUGUUUCUUCUACAUUAUCUCUUCAUUUCCCUAUUGAAACCGUCUGUUGAAGUUGUUGUUGUAGCUGAUAAGGGACAGCCGGAAGGAGGGCAUGGACAUGUUCAGUUCCCCCUCCCUCCAAGGCCUAUCCAUCAAUUCUAAAGGCAUUUUUUGAAAUUCAAAGUAGCUGCACCUCAGCUAAACUGCAAAGUUUGUCACUUUUUAAAGCCAGGCGUACACUGCGAAUUUCAUCCGAUACAGACACGAAUUUUGCAUUACUCACUUUGAAGUUGUGGCAGUUGUCAGUCAGAUCGUGUGUUGUUUUUCGUGCAGUGUACAGGGAGAUACGACGACUGACCGUGACCCAACUAUGGCCUGACCAGCUACUCCCAACUGGUCAGAUGGAUUUCUGACAUGUUUGAUAUUUUGGUCAUAAGAUUCCACACACUCCCACAGAGAGAGCCGAGCCACAAGCAGAAUCCUCAACUUUGGGGUAUUUUUUCCCUCGUAAACAGUCACACAACAUCCUAAAUCACCAUAACAGCAGCAGGAAUGACUUCCUAAGCUCUCCUGCUAUAAUAAUGGAAAUAAAUGAACAGGAAAUAUGCCAACGCGUGGACCUCCAGCUUACACGAAGAGUAAAGUUGUUUGUGUGCAAUAGAGAGAAAGAUGGCGGGAGAGCAGGAACAUGACUAGAUACAUUCAGGAGACUUCUCCAAAGGAAACCACAGAUUUUUUUUCACUGUUCAUCCCUACUUCUUCCUAAGUGUCCUAAGUGAUUCAGUCGCACAGAGUGAGCUGACAUUCUGCCACAACUGUUACAGAGUUGGCUUGAAACUGUUCAGUGUAUACCCGGCUUCAGUAGAGCUGUCUGGGUUUUUUUAAUAUGACAGCCACCACUGUUGUGCUUCAAAACUCUGCUUCACCAUCUACUUGCUGAUGCCACUGAGUAUACGCCCAUUUGAAUACAUAGUUUAAAUGUACCUUAUAUGUAGAAUAAAGGUAUUAAAAAUGACAGAAAUUUGAAUGUAAAUGGCUAAUAAAAUAAUUUUCACCUCAUUUAAUUUAUAACUUCCCAUCAUAACAAAGUAGAUUGCAGAUCAAACAUGUAGAGUCUAGCCUGUAGUGUGAUAGGCUGUCUAUUUAAAGGCACCCGAGUUUUUAUUUUUUUCUACGUAUUGCUUUGUGAGUGUGCUUAUAAUAUAUUUAUAGCCAAGUUUAAUUUCCUUGCAUUUAAUAUCAUGCUCAGGCUCUAUAAAGCAUUUAUAAUACAUUAUUAACAGCAUCCUUGGUUGGGGUUCAUAAUGUUUAUCAGUACAUGCGUGUGCAUCUCUGUCCUCACUCCUUUAAUUCAACCUGUGUACAAAAGCAGUUUGUUCUGGUUUAUUUAUCAAUGCAUCAGAAAUGUAUGAAUAAAAUGAUAUUUUGAUGAAUGAACCUAUAAAUUAUAUACUUUAUAUACAGUAAUUGGUUUAUUGAAACACUUAAUAUAAUGCAUAUUACUCCAUGUAUAAUCACAAGGAAAGCAUUAGCACCUUUGAAACAUACAAUAUGAAAGUAACCUUUUAAAAUAAACUGUUGUUAUAUAUUCUAUGCUCCAGUGUCUUUAAUUUCCUGAAAGAAGAAGUCAAGUUUUUAUUUUUAAAGAAGACAAGUCUCAACAAAGGUGUAGUUUAUUAAAUUAUCCAAACCUGGUAAGUAAACAGUGCCAUUGAGUGCACUGUCAGGACUCUCUUCACAUACACCAAAGCCAUUUCUUGAUAAACGCAUACAUUACAAAAGUCAACUUAAAAUAAUUCCUUCAGAAACCUAUGUCAUGAAAACUACAGAAUUGGCACAAACUUGUUUGCAAAAAGGCAAAAGAGUAAAAACAGGAGAACCUUUCUGACAUUUAGUUAAAUGAUAAAAGAGAAUAAAACUCACAAAAGUACAAUUGUACAAUCCAAAUGACUAAAUGUCAACGUCUAGUGCACAUGCUGACAGCGAAAAAGCUUUCUUUGUGACAAGCUGAACUGUUAGGUUGAACAAAGAGGGGGAAAAGAAUGGAGACCAAGCUGGUGGGAAAGCUAAAACAAGAAGACAAAUACAAUACAAAACAAUCAUACUAUCAGAACAGGGAACAAAAGGUGCUGAGAAAAGCAAAAAUGAUUGCACAGAGUAUCUCAAGACAUUUCUAACUAAACAUUAUCAAAGAACGCGACAGGUUUAUCUCUGAUCCACCUCUGAUGAAGAUCAGAUUUUAGACCAGUCUGACAGGAGGAUUUGGAAUUUGACCAUAAUAACAAAAAAACAAAAGGAAGAGAGCAGAAACUUAAGAGUUGCAUAGAGAGAUCUUUUAGAGUUACUGCUGCAUAGAAGAUGAACAAAGCAGCAGUUUAUCAAGUAGUUAGUGAUGAAGGUGACAGAUGUUGAGAUAAGCUGAAACUAAGGGAAAUGUAGGCACAGUGUUUACCAAAGAGGGGCCACUGCUGAAACACAGACCUUUAGGGACACUCAUAGAAAUUCAAUAUAUUCUCCGGGAUAAUGUUAAAUAGAUAUGCAUUAAGAUGGGUCUCUGAAUCAAAAAACAUCAGGACUCCAAAGUUACCAAGAAAUUUGCA